AGCAAUUAAUUGCAAAAUCCUCUGGCAGUCUUGGCCAGAGCUGAAGAAAGCAUCGGGCAGGGCAGACGUGGUCCAGAGAUGUCCUCUCAUAACCGGUUCCUUCUUUGGCUAUCAUGGAUGGGAGUUUUGAUAGCGAUCAGCCAUCAAGCACCAAGGUUGCUGAUAGUUGCCCCCAGCGUGGUGACAGUGGGAGCAGAGGUGCGGAUUGUGCUUCAGGUUGACGACGCUCCUUCGGGGCUCAAGGGCAAUGUCUUUUUCCAAAAUGAGUUGACCGGACAAAAGUGUUCUGAACAAACACCAUUCAGCCUUCAAUCCAAUCCAUCCCAAAAAUUCGUGCAAGAUGUGACCUUGAAGAUGACACAGCAGUUUUUUGACUUUUGCGGUUUGAGGUCCCAGCGACGAAACCGCUACAUCCAACUGGUAGCCUACAGUUCUCAGCUCAACACCCCCAGGAACAUUCAAACCCUCAACCUGCGUUGGAGUGCCCGAGAGGGUUACCUGUUGCUACAGACUGACAAGCCAAUUUACACCCCCCAGCAAAAGGUGAACUUCCGAGUCUUCCCUCUGGAUCACAAGUUACGGCCCACCAAUAAUCCCGUUGUUAUCACUGUGAAGAAUCCACGGGGAUUUCAGGUCAAGAAGAUUGAACGCACCGCACUUAAAUCUGUCAUAAAUGACCAUCUGUCAAUUCCUGAUGUGGCUGAGCCUGGCAUUUGGACCAUCACGGCCAACUUUGUCCGUGCACAGGGUUACAACACAACCACCGAGUUUGAGGUGAAAAAAUAUGUCCUGCCUCAUUUUGAGGUGAAGAUUGUCCCAGAGCAGAAAUACAUCCUGGUCACUGGACAGCAAACAUCUAACUUGCAAAUUAACAUUCAGGCUAAUUUUUUCUAUGGGAAAGGGAUCACCGGCACAGCGUAUGUGCGAUUUGGUGUGAUUGGUGAGAACAAGGAAAAGGUUUAUAUCUCAGGACUGAAAUUUCAAAUCCCGAUCGAGGACGGUGAGGGCUCGCUUAUUUUGAGGCACCGCGAUCUUGUUGAGAAAGUGGGGCGCCCCCUGCAGGACCUUGUUGGAACAUCCCUUUACAUCGCAGCCUCUGUCAUAGAGACAGCAAGUGGAGAACUGGAGGAGCAAGAACUCACCUCGCUGAAAUUUAUAUCAUCGCCUUAUUCAGUGGACCUGUCGAAAACCAAACGUUACUUUGUGCCCAAUGCUCCGUACGAAGUGCUGGCUCGAAUCACACUGCCGGAUGGCUCACCAGCCGCCAACCUCCCCGUCCGCUUCAGAACCCGCAUAACCGGAGCACAAUCUCCCAUGGAUGAACAGAUGAACACCAAUAAGGAGGGAAUUGUGAACUACAGAAUCAAUGUUGUUCGAGGCUCUUCCUCGGUCACUGUGACGCUAAGAGCGGGAACAGAGAGUCCAGCAGAAGCGACCUUGACUGCCAAGGCCACCAAGUCCACCAGAGGCAACUAUUUGAUCAUUGAAAGUCCCAGAAGUUAUGGCUUGAAUAUUGGAGAGACCCUCACAAUUGAUUUGAAACCCAUUGGAUCAAAUGCCUUCACCGACAUCUAUUACAUGGUUCUGAGCAAAGGAGACAUCAUCUCUGUCAACAGCGCUCCGCGAGGCAUUCUCACAGCAGCCCCUAUUCGCAUUACACCUAAUCUGAUGCCAACAUUUCGUGUUGUGGCUUUUUACCGCCUUGGGGAUGAAAUUGUCUCUAACUCCAUAUGGUUGGAGGUGGUCCCCCGCUGCGAGGGGAAGCUGGAGAUUCGCUCCUCGUCAAACGUUGACCGUCUGCAGCCACAGUCACGCCUGUCACUCACCCUAAACACAGAUGUCAAAUCCUUUGUCUCUCUCUCUGCCACGGAUGCUGCCGUUUACGCUCUCAACGGGAAGAAUCGACUCACACAAGGAAAGGUUUCUGAGGCCAUGAAAAGUUACGAUCUCGGCUGCACUGCCGGCAGCGGGGAAGAUUCCCUGGGUACCUUUGCCGAUGCUGGUCUCUCAAUUCGUGCUGGUGAACAGCAAAGCCCUCUCCGGAAGGCACACGGAUGCGAAGAAAACGCUUCCCGGAAAAAGCGUUCCCUGUCGUUUCAACUUGAGAUCGAGAAGAAGGUUGCCAAAUACCAUACACCUAAUCAGGUUAAAUGCUGCAAAGGUGGCAUUGUGCUGCUUCGCAAUGCCCGAUCAUGCGAUGAACGUGCCAAAAGGAUUCAGAACACAGAGUGCCGUGAAGUCUUCCUUGACUGUUGCCGCUAUGCUGCCAAAUUACGUCGCCAGUCCUGGGGGUCCCAUGGUCUUGCAAGGGUUGACGAUGAAGACGAAGAAGAUUAUUUUGAUGAUGAAGUUAUCACGCUGAGAAGAUAUUUCCCUGAGAGCUGGCUCUGGAAAACUUUUGUUGUGGAUCAAACUUACACGGAAGAAUUUCAUCUUCCCGAUUCCAUCACCACGUGGGAGAUCCAAGCGGUUAGCAUGUCUUCUGCAAAAGGGAUUUGUGUUUCAGAACCUUUCAAAGUUACAGUCUUCCAAGACUUCCACAUUUCUCUCCGGCUGCCAUACUCCGUGAAACAGUUUGAACAGAUAGAGCUUCGUCCAGUGUUAUAUAACUACCAAUCUAAUCCACUCAGUGUCUUUGUAUAUCUGGAGCCAGCUGAAGGCAUCUGUUCUCCAGCAACACUUGGGCCAGCACGGAAACGGAAGGUGGAGGUUCCAGGGAACUCCGCAAUUCCCAUGCCCUUCGUUCUGGUGCCCAUGGGGGCGAGUGACAUCCCCAUCACUGUUAUUGCUGUUGGCGAAUGGGGGAUAGGGGACAAGGUUUCCAAGAAAUUACGGGUCGAGAAAGAGGGUGCCAUCAGUGUAGAAGAAUAUACCAUUCCUCUGGAAAGCAAAAAUGAUGCCCCCAGAUCGCUGACGAUUUCAGGUGAAUUGCCAUCCAACGCCAUUCCUGAUGGAGACUUCAAGAUGAGUGUCCGUCUGACAGGAUCAGUUCCUGCUGACACCCUUCAGAGUUCUCUGGAUCCCGAUGGCAUCUCCUCCCUGCUGCGGGUGCCACACGGAUGUGCGGAACAGACCAUGGUGUUAAUGGCCCCUGCGGUCUAUGCCAUGCACUACCUGGACCAGACGGAACAGUGGCUCCAACUGAAACCGGAAAGCAAAGAAGUGGCCCUAGCAAAUCUCCGCAUAGGCUAUACUAGAAUCCUCACUUAUCGGAAAAAUGAUGGGUCUUAUGGAGCUUGGAUCAACACCCCCAGCAGCACCUGGCUCACAGCUUUUGUGGUGAAAAUUUUGUCCCUGACUCGGAUCUACCAGGAGGUUGAAAGUGCCGGGAUCCGGGGAUCGGUGCAGUGGAUUCUGAAACAGCAACAGAGUGAUGGUUCUUUCACUGACUCCCACCCUGUUUAUCACCGAGAGAUGCAGGGUGGCAUGGGUGGCCUCCGUGGGGGAGUCUCGUUGACAGCCUUUGUCACCAUCGCCCUGAAGCAAGCUUUGCCUUUGUACGAAGCCAAAGAAGAGGAAGAAGAAGCAGAAAGGCAGAAACAGGAGCAGCUGAGCCAACUGAAAAAUAGCUUGGAACUUGCAACGGCGUAUCUUGCCAGAUCCCUGGACGAUCAGUCCCUGGGGCCGUACCCGCUGGCCAUCAGCAGCUACGCCCUCGCAUUCGCUUCUCAGGACCAAUCCGCCAUUGCUCUUGCUGGCAGCCGCCUGAUGGGACUUUCCUUGGAAGAUACAAACAGCAGCAUGAUAUUCUGGUUAGCCGGUGAGGACCAUCGUACCAGGAUACCUUCAGCUAUCUCAGUAGAGGCCACAAGCUACGCCCUUCUCUACUUAGUGAAGCAAAAUGAUGCUGCAAGAGCUGGCAAGGUGGCUAAGUGGCUGACCGAGCAGAGGAACUAUGGAGGAGGAUUCAGAUCGACACAGGACACCGUGGUGGCUUUGGAAGCCCUUUCCUCCUACUGGAUCAGCACUUUCAAAGAAGAAGGGAAUGAACUAACAGUUACUCUUAAAAUCCCGGGAAAACACUUGCCUAUUCAGUUUUCCUUUGGAAGAUCCAAUGAUCCAAUCCAGGAAGAGCUUCAGUUUUCUUUGGGAAAUGACAUUGACGUAAAAGUGGAAGGAAAAGGGAAAGGAACUCUGACUGUUCUCAAGCAGUUUCAUGUUUUGGCUGUCCAGAACAACACCUGUCAAACUCUUGGGCUAGAAGUGACCGUGAGCGGCUCUAUUCGCCGAAAUACUGAAAUGGAAGAUUACUAUUAUGAAUACGAAGAUCUUCCACCCACAUCACCACCUGCUAGCCAGCCAUUGUCACGGAUUGAGUUAUUUGAUGCCCGGCAGCGCCGAAAGAGGGAGACCAAAGACACUGAACAGUCAAAACAUGAUGUCACCUACGAAGUCUGCUUCUGGAGACAACAGGGGGCCCGUGUUUCUGGCAUGGUCAUUGUUGACAUCACCCUGUUGAGUGGCUUUCAGCCUGAUGAGGUGGACCUUGCUCAGCUGCAAGAGGUCCCUGACCAAUACAUCAACCACUGGGAGAUUCAAGGACAACGGCUGCUCCUGUAUUUUGACCAGGCACCACAAUCCGGUCGUGAAUGUAUCGCUUUCAGGGCUAAACAGAUAGUAUCUGUGGGAAAACUACAACCAGCCAGCGCCACCAUCUAUGACUUCUACGAACCCCAUCAACGUUGCAGUAUCUUCUAUGGUGCUCCCAAUAAGCCACAGUAUGUGUCCGCAUUGUGCUCAGAUGAUGUCUGCCAGUGUGCUGAAGGUGCCUGCCCACGUUUGAAGCGUACACUGGAGGAUGCAAUCACGGAAGAGAAACGGAUGAACUUUGCAUGUUACAGUCCCCGUGUGCAUUACGCAUUCCUGGUUCGAGUGGAGCGCGAGAGCCAAGAAAGCGCCUUCCGGGUCUAUGAAGUUAAAAUCAAGGAGGCCCUGCAAUUCACUACAGAUUCCAGAAUUGAAGUCGACCAGAUCCGUCGCUUUGUCGUUCGGGCCGCUUGCAAGACCCGCUUGGCUGCCAGCAAAGAAUAUUUGUUGAUGGGACGUGACGGGGAAACUCGUGAUUCAAAUAACCGCCCCCAGUAUCUUCUGGAUAAGAAUUCCUGGAUAGAAGAGAUACCAGAUCCUCGGCGUUGUAAAGCCACCCAGUAUCGCAACACUUGCAGUCGCCUUGAGUCUUUCACCACUUCUUUUGGUAUCAACGGCUGCCGCAUCUGAGCCAAAUAACCCCUUGGGCCUUUGACUAACCUGAAACACCAGGAACUACACCUCUUUUAUGGAAUAUCCCCUGGCUGAAAACCUCCCCUUGAAUGCUGUGUUGCGAGUCCCUUUAACACUUUGUGAUUAGAGGACCUGAAGACACAAGAAGAGUCUGUCGGCAUCAAACCAGAAUAACAGAAUUGGGAGGGACCUUGGAGGUCUUCUAGUCCAACCCCCUACUCAAGCAGGAGACCCUAAUACCAUUUCAUACAAAUGGCUGUCCAGUCUUUUCUUAAAAACCUCCAAUGAUGGAGCACCCACAAUUUCUGGAGGCAAGUUAUUCCACUGGUGAAUUGUUCUAGUUGUCAGGAAAUUUCUCCCUAUUUCUAGGUUGGUUCAUUCCUUGAUCAGUUUUGUCGCUUCUUGCCUUGCCUUCGGGUGCUGUGGAGAAUAGGGUGACCCCAUCUUCUUUAUGGCAGCCCCUUAGAUAUUGGAAGACUGCUAUCAUGCCAGUCCUAGCCCUUCUUUUCAUCAGAUUGGACAUACCCAAUUCCUACAACCGUUUUUCAUACGUUUUAACCUCCAGCCCCCCUAAUCGUCUUUCUUACUCUUCUCCGCAUUGUUUCCAGAGUCUCUACAUCUUUUUUUUUAUACUGCAGCAACCAAAACUGGUUGCAAUAUUCCAAGUGUAGUUUUACCAAGACAUUUGGUAAAGCAAACUGAAGCAAUUUUUUACGAGAAAACAGCCAGACAUUAAAUUGCCUCUAAGUUGGGAGGUCUUUAGAAAGUGUUUCAUUCUGUCCCAAAUUAUUGUUACUAAACAAUCAUUUCUGUUCUGGAUGUGUGUCAAUUUCAGUAUUAUUUUUUUCCUAGCCAAAGCCCUGUUUCACACCAUCCACUGCAUUGAUUAUUUAUAAUCGGAAGUGCUUUCCAUCCGAGAAUGAAUUCUUUUCUGAACUCAACUCCACUUUUUCUUGAGGUUAAAAAAAAUUAACCAAAUUAACCAAAUGCGGGUGUGUCAUUGCUAAAAAGGAGGAAACAACCCCCACCCCUUUUCCACUCUCCUAAUUUUGGGUUUCCCAGGGAUUUAUCACUAUACGUUCAACUUUCUAUUUGACUGGACGGGCCUCUGAAUUGCACAUUCUCUCACGUUCAAAUGUUUAUAACCCAACAGUCUUUUUGUCUGUUUCUGGAGAGCCUGAAUUUCGAUAAGUCCUAAUUUUAAAAAGUAUAUAAAAAUUCUCAGGGGUUUGCAAUUUCACAAACCAUAAUUUUCAGUCAUCUCCCUGGGCAGCACCUGAAACACCACCACCACCACCCUAAACUGAGCUACCCUUUCAGUAAUCUGCUUAGCCAUGCUGGUUAGGACUUAGGAAUUCAUAAUCCAGUGUAUCUAGACUACUUUUGACCAAAUAGGUGAGUCUUACAACGAGUUGGCACUGUUUUGCACUACUUUUUCAUGCAAUAAAAUAGUUUACUUUCA